UAAUAUUUUACUAGAGAGAGAGAGAGAGAGAGAGAGAGAGAGAGAGAGAGAGAGAGAGAGUGAGCUUCCAUUUCUUCCAUUUCCAAAGGCUAAAAACCUGACAAAAAUCUCAGCUCAGGACAACCUUUCAUCGCCUUCUUGAAUUCUCCAAUCCUUUCGAUUCCAGGAUUUCAUGAUUUCCCCUUUUGUUGUAACCUAGCUCCCAUGGCUCUGGUCCCGAGCCGCCAUUUCUGCCCGCCAAAGUUCCAUGGCGGCCGCCUCAGUUUCUUCAGUAGCAGCAGCAGUGGCGGAGGCAGUUGGUUGGAUAAAUGGAAUGACAAGAACGGCAGAGUCAGCCCCAAGCCGCCUCGGGUGGCGAUGAAUUAUAGGAGUAGGAAUGGGGGGAAUGCGUCAAAUUCUGGUCUUGGGGAGAGUAGUGGUGGCGGUGGGAGUACUAUGCAGAGGAUAGUCGAGAAACUGAGGAAAUUCGGGUACGUGAGCGAUGACAGUGAAGGAAAAGGGUCGGCGGAGAGGGUGAUCGAGAAAGGUUCGGUGGAGGACAUCUUCUACGUCGAGGAGGGAAUGCUGCCUAACACCCGAGGCGGGUUCUCGACGGGAAUCAAUGGGGGAGAUGGAGAUAGCGAGGUGAGGUUCCCGUGGGAGGAGAAGCAGAAGAAGGGCGAGGAGGGGGAGGGAGGGGGUCAGUGGUCGGCGAGGAGUAAAAGUAAGACCUCGGUGGCCGAGCUUACGAUUCCCGAGUCGGAGUUGCGGAGGCUGAAGAUCCUGACUUUCCAGACGAAGCGGAAGAUGAGGAUUGGUGGGGCUGGGGUUACGCAGGAGGUUGUGGACGAGAUUCAUGAGCGGUGGAGGACGUCAGAGGUCGUGCGUCUCAAGAUCGAGGGUGCACCGGCGCUUAACAUGAGGCGGAUGCAUGAGAUUCUCGAGAGAAAGACCGGUGGUUUAGUGAUUUGGAGGUCGGGAACUUCUGUUUCGUUAUACAGGGGGGUAAGCUAUGAGGUUGCUUCGGUUCAACUAAACAAACGCAGAUUUGCAAAGGGGGUUUCCACUAGUUCCACUUUGACAGUUGCUGAUACUAGUGACAUAAGAGAUCGCUCAGAACUUAGUCCCAGUGAAGAGGUGGUAAUGCCACGGGUUAAUUCAGUAUCUGCCAUUGAUGAUAAUAAGGAAGAGGAAUCAUUGCAAGUAGUCGAGUACGAGGAUGAAAUGGACAAGUUUUUGGACACCCUUGGCCCGAGAUACAAAGAUUGGCCAGGAUCUGAACCCCUGCCUGUAGAUGCAGAUAUGCUGCCUGGCACAGUUGCAGGUUAUCAACCUCCCUUCAGAGUCCUUCCUUAUGGGGUUCGUGCAACACUCUCGCAGAAAGAAGCAACGGCUCUGAGAAGGGUUGCCAGAUUUCUUCCUCCGCAUUUUGCUCUAGGAAGAUGCAGGCAGCUCCAAGGAGUGGCUGUGGCUAUGAUUAAGUUAUGGGAACGAAGCAAAAUUGCAAAAGUGGCGUUAAAACGUGGUGUACAGUUGACCACUAGUGAAAGAAUGGCUGAAGAUAUAAAGAAAUUAACAGGAGGAGUGCUGCUCUCAAGAAACAAGGACUUUCUCGUUUUCUACAGAGGGAAGAGUUUCUUGUCCCGAGAAGUCACUGAAGCCCUCUUGGAAAGGGAAAGGCUGGCUCGGUCCCACCAGGACAAAGAGGAGCAGGCCCGCCUCAGGGCUACAGCUUUAGUCAUGUCCGAUGCUGUCGAGAGCAAUGAGAUAGUGCCAAGUGCAGGAACACUUGGGGAGACUUUGGAUGCGAAUGCCAAGUGGGCAAAUAAAUUGGACGAGCAACAAAAAAAGAAAGUUAUGAGGGAGGCUGAAAUUGCUAGGCAUGCAGAACUCGUCAGGAAGCUCGAGAGGAAGCUUUCACUAGCUGAAAAGAAGCUUGUGAGAGGUGAAAGAGCUUUGUCAAAGGUAGAGGAGUUCUUGAAACCCGCCGAAAGGCAAGCGGACCCAGAUAGCAUCACUGAUGAGGAGAGGUUCAUGUUCCGCAAGCUCGGCCUGAGAAUGAAAGCAUUUUUACUACUUGGAAGGCGUGGAGUUUUUGAUGGUACUGUGGAAAACAUGCACUUGCAUUGGAAGUACCGAGAACUGGUUAAGAUAAUCGUGAAGGCUAAGACCUUCGACAAUGUGAGGAAGAUAGCUUUGGCGCUUGAAGCCGAAAGUGGUGGGGUCUUAGUCUCGGUGGACAAAGUCUCCAAGGGUUACGCUAUAAUUGUGUUUCGUGGGAAGGAUUAUCAGCGACCUUCCACACUGAGGCCGAAGAAUCUUUUGACCAAAAGGAAGGCUCUGGCUCGUUCAAUCGAGCUUCAAAGGCGUGAGGCACUCCUUAAUCAUGUUUCGGCGCUGGAGAGCAAGGUGGUGAAACUGAGAUCUGAAAUUGAGCAAAUGGACAGAGUCAAAGAGAAGGGUGAUGAAGCACUGUACGAGAAGCUCGAUUCAGCUUACCUGACUGAUGAGGAGGACAGUGAGGAGGAAGGAGAAGAGGCAUAUAUCCAGAUGUACAAGAGCGAGAGCAACGGUGAAGGUGAGAGGCGUGAUUCAAUUGACCAUCUCCUGGAGGAAACUGACGUUCCAUACAAUGAAGAGGAAAAAGUGUCGGAUGAAGAAUCUGAAGGAGAAUCAGAAGAUAGUUCAGUUUUGCACGCACAUGCAGCACCAGCUAAUUACCGAGACAUUGACUGCGAUUCAGAAGCAGGCCAUGACGAUUUUCGGUCGCAAAAUUAAGAAACCACCGAAAGGAAAGGCAGGACAAAUAGUUAUAAUGGAUGUUGCUUCCAUACGGUUCUGUACAGAACUCUCCUGACAUGGCUUGGUCGAUGGUCGAGUAGUUGAAACCCGUUAUAAUUCGACUGCCGAUGAUCCAGAACGGUCACUGAACUCAGAUUUCCUGAUUACUUGUUUGUAUCUUCAAGUUGACUAGUUCAUAUUUUUGUCAGCGAUUUGGUUGGAGGCGGCGUUGACAGUUGUUUGGACCCAUGAAGUCAAACCUCACCUUGUAGCAAUACUGAUUAUUUAGUUAACCAUUACGCAAUUUAAAUAUUAUAGAGUAUUUAUAUUAA